AUGACCUAUAUUCUCUGUCUCGCUCAUUACUGUGACCAUCAUGGACCUACGCCCCUCAUGGUCACAGAAGGGCUCCAAGCAGGGUGUAGUACCUGCUUCGAAGAACCUACAAAGAGCAACGGUCCCCCUCGCUCUACCCCGGCAGGCAAUCUGCAAGAUGUCAAAGGCCCUCGCACCGGGUCGCUAGUCGCCUUUGAGCACGAGACGCGGUCUCGUCGCCCUGCCCUGCGCUCGCCUUCUGCCACAUCGCCAGCUUCCAGCCCGGUUUUGGAAACACCACCGGAAAGCCCUCGCUCAGUGUACCAAAAUUCGGGCCGCGAAUCUAACUUUCGCCGCACUUACGACGAGACCGUUACUAAGAAGCAAGGUCCCUGCGAUAACUGCGCCAUGACGCUGCCGCGCCGCCAAAAUUCCCCCAAGGCCCCCAGCGACAACACGCCAACGCUGCGAACGCGAGCACCAGCCGAGCGAAUCUAUGGCUCACCAGUCCGGGGGGGAUCUCCUCGUUCCCAGUGCUCUAGCGACACGGAUGGGGACCGGGAUCUACCGCGACGCCCUCGCGCCCGAACAUCUGUCCAGCCCGGCAGCUCCCGCACCACCUCGUGCUCCAGCACCUCGACUACCUCGGACCGAACUUCCUCUCAUGUACACUACAUUGACUACACCUCAACACAUGAGCCGGUCCUCGGUCACUCCUUCUCUCUGAUCCGCGCAUCCUGCCUCAGGGCACUGUCCUUUGAAACACUGCCGCGCGCGCCCGCAACCUCCAUUCCCAUGUCUCCGCCACAGCUCAACAGCGCCCCGGCGUUUGUCACCACGCAGAGUGCCGGCUCCGCGGCCACUGGCGGUCCCAUCUUCUUUGGCGAUGCUGUCGCCGGAUAUACCACUGCCUACAUCUUCCGCAUCCCAGACGUGCAUGCUCGCGGGCACAAGCGCGUCUACGCUUUUAUUGCUCUCAGCACACACAAGGAGCGACUGGCCAUGAAGACGUACACGGUCCUCUCCAACGCCUUUCGCGACCUCGCUGGAUGGAUCCAGCAGCUGGUGGAAGCCGAAGCCGAGCGUGUCGCCGACCCCCUAACCACUGGCAGCGCCAGCGGCAGCCAGGGCUCGGCGGAUGUGUCCCCCGCGCCGCCCAGCCAGUCGGCCUUUGACUCUCCGGUGGCCAUUGACCGUAGCGCGAGUAGCUUUCUCAGCGGCGGCAGCGGUUUCACUCGACGAAUGGGCGGCAGCGGCAGUGCCUCGGCGCUCAAAGCCCGCGGCCUGGCUGACCUCGCUGGUCAGCCCGACAUUUUCAUUGAGUUGCACAAGCGCUUCGUCCAGCUCUUGUUUGAGAUUGGCGUGGCGCUCAACUCUUGA